AUGGGCGGCUGCUUCUCCAAGCCCAAGCCAGUGGAGCUCAAGAUCGAAGUGGUGCUGCCCGAGAAGGACCGGGGCAAGGAGGAGCUGUCUGCCGGCGGCAAGGGCAGUCCCCGGGCCUACCAGGGCAAUGGCGCUGCCCGCCACUUCCAUGCAGACGAGCGCCUGCCCUCCCCCCACCCCUACCCCGGCACCCAGGACUGCGUGGAGGCCGCUGUCUGCCACGUCAAGGACCUGGAGAACGGCCAGAUGCGGGAGGUGGAGCUGGGCUGGGGGAAGGUGCUGGUACUGAAGGACAACGGGGAGUUCCAUGCCCUGGGCCACAAGUGCCCGCACUAUGGCGCACCCCUGGUGAAAGGGGUGCUGUCCCGUGGCCGGGUCCGCUGCCCCUGGCACGGCGCCUGCUUCAGCGUCAGCAGCGGGGACCUGGAGGACUUCCCGGGCCUGGACAGUCUGCACAAGUUCCAGGUGAAGAUCGAGAAGGAGAAGGUGUACGUCCGGGCCAGCAAGCAGGCCUUGCAGCUGCAGCGAAGGACCAAGGUGAUGGCCACGUGCAUCUCGCCAAGCGCCGGCCACAGCGGCAGCACCAAUGUGCUGAUUGUGGGCGCAGGGGCAGCCGGCCUGGUGUGCGCGGAGACACUGCGGCAGGAGGGCUUCUCGGACAGGAUCGUGCUGUGCACGCUGGACCGCUACCUUCCCUACGACCGGCCCAAGCUCAGCAAGUCACUGGACGCACAGCCGGAGCAGCUGGCCCUGAGGCCCAAGGAGUUCUUCCGAGCCCACGGCAUCGAGGUGCUCACUGAGGCCCAGGUGGUCACGGUGGACGUGAGGAACAAGAAGGCCGUGUUCAAGGAUGGCUUCAAGCUGGAGUACAGCAAGCUGCUGCUGGCACCCGGGAGCAGCCCCAGGACACUGAACUGCAAAGGCAAAGACGUGGAGAACGUGUUCACCAUCCGGACACCCGAGGAUGCCAACCGCGUGGUGAGGCUGGCCCGGGGCCGCAACGCCGUCGUCGUGGGGGCCGGUUUCCUGGGGAUGGAGGUGGCCGCCUACCUGACCGAGAAGGCCCACUCGGUGUCCGUGGUGGAGCUUGAGGAGACGCCCUUCAGGAGGUCCCUGGGAGAGCGCGUUGGCCGCGCCCUCAUGAAGAUGUUUGAGAACAACCGCGUCAAGUUCUACAUGCAGACGGAGGUGUCAGAGCUGCGGGCCCAGGAGGGCAAGCUGAAGGAAGUCGUGCUGAAGAGCAGCAAGGUGGUACGGGCUGAUGUCUGCGUGGUGGGCAUCGGCGCGGUGCCUGCCACCGGCUUCCUGAGGCAGAGUGGCAUCAGUCUGGACUCCCGAGGCUUCAUCCCUGUCAACAAGAUGAUGCAGACCAACAUUCCUGGCGUGUUUGCAGCCGGCGACGCCGUCACCUUCCCUCUGGCCUGGAGAAACAGCCGCAAAGUGAACAUCCCCCACUGGCAGAUGGCUCAUGCCCAGGGGCGCGUGGCGGCCCAGAACAUGCUGGCACAAGAGGCGGAGAUCAGCACGGUGCCCUACCUGUGGACCGCCAUGUUCGGCAAGAGCCUGCGCUACGCAGGUUAUGGAGAAGGCUUCGACGACGUCAUCAUCCAAGGGGAUCUGGACGAGCUCAAGUUCGUGGCUUUUUACACCAAGGGCGACGAGGUGAUCUCCGUGGCCAGCAUGAACUACGACCCCAUCGUGUCUAAGGUGGCUGAGGUUCUGGCCUCCGGCCGUACCAUCCGGAAGCGGGAGGUGGAGACCGGUGACAUGUCCUGGCUCACAGGGAAAGGCUCCUGA